CUACACCGGAACUGGCCUGUGGAGCUGGAGCAGGACUCCUCGCAAUUCCCAUCAUUCGCCAAAGGGCUGCUUCUCCCAGCUCGCUUCCAACUACAUAGCCAUUUACUUGUUAACCUGCACAGGGAAUGUAGAAUGGCCGUGGCGUUCGGGAAGCUCGUCGUCGGCGCCUUUGUGGAAAUAAAGCGUAGUGAUGGACGCAUACAUGAGGCGAUGGUGACAUCUCUGAACGAGGACAAUGAGAGCGUCACGGUGGAGUGGGAGGAGAAAGGAGACACAAAAGGGAAAGAGAUUGAUUUGGAGAGUAUAUUUUCACUUAACGCCGAUAUGUGUCCAGAUGAAGAAAUUGUCCGGAGUCCAGAGACUCCCCCUCCUACUACAGGUGUAAAGGUCAAUAAAAUAGCAAAGAACCGUGGGACGAUAGCACCUUCAAAGAUUGACACUCCAUCCAGGGACAGUAGAGUGAUUCUGACUCAGGCCCGACCCCAUCAGUCUCAACACGCUGAAUCAGCAGCACUGCCCCCUCCAUCACAGCAGGCUCUGCCUCCCCACGCUCCCACACAGCAACAGCUGCAGAAUGAGUCUUUACAUCAGCCGCUUACCAGAAAGGAGAUUGGACAACUUUCGAGGAGGAAGUCAAACUGUGUGAAGGAGGUGGAGAAGCUGCAGGAGAAAAGGGAGAAGCGUCGGCUCCAGCAACAGGAGCUGAGGGAGAAGAGGGCUCAGGAGGUGGACACAACCAUUCCUAAUUUUGAGAUCAUGUGCAUGAUUAGGGAUUUCCGUGCAAGUCUAGACUACCGACCUCUGACUGCAGCAGACCUGAUUGAAGAACACAGAAUAUGUGUAUGUGUGAGGAAGCGUCCACUGAACAGGAAAGAGCUCACCAUGAAGGAUUUGGACGUGAUAACCAUUCCCAGUAAAGACGUGGUGAUGGUACACGAACCUAAACAGAAGGUGGACCUGACUCGCUUCCUGGAGAACCAAACCUUCCGCUUCGACUACGCUUUUGAUGACGCCACAACCAAUGAGAUUGUUUACAGGUUCACUGCCAGACCAUUAGUGGAGACCAUAUUUGAGAGGGGCAUGGCCACCUGCUUCGCCUAUGGGCAAACAGGAAGUGGUAAAACUCAUACAAUGGGUGGAGAUUUUUCUGGGAAGAACCAAGACUGCUCGAAAGGAAUUUACGCAUUGGCUGCUCGGGAUGUAUUUCUCAUGUUGAAGAAACCCAAUUACAAGAAACUAGAGCUACAAGUGUAUGCGACCUUUUUUGAAAUCUACAGUGGAAAGGUGUUUGACCUGCUGAAUCGCAAAACCAAACUGAGAGUGCUGGAGGACCGGAAGCAGCAAGUGCAGGUGGUGGGGCUUCAGGAGAAGGAGGUCAAGUGCACAGAGGAUGUCCUGAAGCUCAUAGACUUGGGUAACAGCUGCAGGACGUCGGGGCAGACGUCGGCCAAUGCCCACUCGUCUCGCAGCCACGCCGUCUUCCAGAUUAUUCUUCGGAGGAAGGGAAAGUUGCACGGCAAGUUCUCCCUCAUCGACUUGGCCGGGAACGAGAGGGGUGCCGAUACUUCGAGCGCUGACCGCCAGACUCGCCUGGAGGGUGCGGAGAUCAACAAAAGCCUGCUGGCCCUCAAGGAGUGCAUCAGGGCUCUCGGCCGCAACAAGCCACAUACUCCUUUCCGAGCGAGCAAACUCACCCAGGUCCUGCGAGACUCCUUCAUUGGUGAAAAUUCCCGUACGUGCAUGAUUGCAACCAUCUCUCCCGGCAUGACAUCCUGCGAGAAUACCCUAAACACACUCCGCUACGCCAACAGAGUGAAGGAGUUUGGGAUUAGUCCGUCGGACAUCCCCUUCUCCCAGGGUGGUCAGGGGAGUCGCCCCGAGCACUCUCCGACCGAUACCUUUGACUAUGAUGACUUUGCUGCUACUCCCCCUGGCAGGGUGAAGGAACUUACUGUGGACCACAACCAGGUGACAGAGGGAGGCCGUGCCAACAUCCACGCCGUCACCCAGCUGGAGUUUUUAGAGGAAGAAUGGCAAAACAGUUCGCCACAGAGAGAUGACCUCAAACUGCUCUGUGAGCAGAAUGAAGAGGAAGUGUCUCCUCAGCUCUUUUCCUUCCACGAGGCUGUCUCUCAGUUGGUGGAAAUGGAGGAGCGGGUCCUAGAAGACCACCGGGCUGUUUUCCAGGAGUCCAUCAGGUGGCUGGAGGACGAGAAGGAGCUCUUGAAGAUGACAGAAGAGGAAGUAGACUACGACGUGGAAUCUUAUGCCACUCAGCUGGAGAAGAUCCUGGACCAGAAGAUAGACAUCCUCACUGAGCUCCGAGGUGUGACCGAGGCAGACUUACAUCGAAAGUGGAUUCCAUCAAAUCCCUCAACGCUGAUCUGUUCUCCUGCUUUGUUUUGUGCAGAUAACGUGAAGUCUUUCCGCUGUGCUCUCCAAGAGGAGGAGAAGGCCAGCAAGCAGAUCAACCCCAAGAGGCCACGUGCUCUUUAGACAAUAUGAGGAGGUUGGAAGAGAACCACUAGACAAAAGUUCGUUUGCCUGUGAAAGCACAAAUAAAAGGACUGACCAUCCCAACAGACUCAAACAAUCGCAACGGUUCUGACUCUUCAUAGAAACCUGAGACUGUGUUGCUUUGGUCUUGUUAGGAAAUUUAGAAAGAAAACCUGGGAAAUAAGUUUUUGUUUUUCUUCAUGGAGAAUGUUUAGCAUUCUUCUUAAAUUAUUUUCUUGAAUACUUGUUUGUACUUUUGAACUGAUUUGUUUUUUUUGGGGGGGGGGGGGUUUGCCACACAAAACCCAGUGUUUGGUUUCCGGUUGCCCUGGCUAACAUGUAGUCUGCUUGUGCACUGAUGUUAUGGCAUCCUCAUGCUUUUUGGCACUAUAUAGUCAUGUCUGAUAUGCAGUCUGUGUCUUCCCUCCCACAUUUUACCUGUGCGGAAGAAGCAGCGGAGCGAAAUAUUGUUAGCCUAAUAGCACAAGUCACCAUUCAAAUUAAGAUUGACUUGAAUUUUUUUUUCUUUGUAGAUUUCCAGAUCAUGAAGGUUGAAUUUGUUUUUGGUUUUUUUUCCCAUGUUUUCCGAAAACAUCCAAAAGUGACUCAGGCAAUUGUGCUAACGAUGUUUCUUGUGUCCCUGAAAAAGACGUUUAUGUGUAGUACGCUUCUAUUUGUGCCAUUUCAUGCUAUGCGGCAAUAGUUUCUAAACUUGAUGUUCAACAUUUUCCACCCAUUACACUUUUGUUAUAAAAACAACUGGGGAACACCUAACAAUAAAUGUAUAUUGAAGAACACUA